AUGAAGGAAUACUCGCUCGAUUCGUUGAAAAAUGACACGGACGAUGUAGUGAGCCCGGUGAAGGACGGAUUCUUCGGCAGCGACGAGCAGGAAACUGAGGCGCAUGAGACGCCGAAGAUUCCUCCUCAUGAUGAAGUACCGAAUCGAGCCGUCUUACCUGAUAAUUCAUUGACGAAAUCGGGUACUAAAGCGGAAUCAGACAGCGGAUAUAACUCGAACGGAGCUGAUCAAUCGGGCAAUCCCGACCAGUUCAACUUCCCAACGACCACGCCUCCUCUUCCGACCCCGUGGACUCCUACUCCGGAUUUGACACCAACGCCGACAGCUACUCGCAAUGCCUCAGCGUACGAAUCGGUCACGAAAAUUGCAACGCCUGACAGCUCUUCCUCCAUGUCAGGAGGGACCAUCGCCGGCUUGGUGGUUGGCAUUGCGUGUGCCAUGUUCGUCAUUGCAGGGUUUGUGACGAUGAAGAGACGAGCGGCCAACCAGCGGCUCUCGCUUAGCAAAAUGCCGUCAAAUUUCGGAGACUCGCAAGCCGUACCACUUGCCAAGUCCAAGCUCGCUCCUCCGGGCGCGUUCGGUAAGCUCAACAGCCGUCGCAACCACCGCGAGGAGCCGGACAUGUCGAGCGCGUCGGGUAUCUUCACACUCUCUCAGGACGAUCCGUUCACAAGACGGCACAUGCGUAAAGGUGGCAUUUGGGACGACCCCGUGAUCGUCGCCGCUCGCAUUCCUCUGGAGAAAAUUCGAAUUCAGGAGCUCAUCGCCCGCGGUGGCUUCGGCCAAGUGUUCUUGGCGUCGUACAACGGCCAGACUGUGGCUGUAAAGACGCUGCUGCCAGAGACGGCGCAGGAUAUGACCGAGAUCACCGCUCUGUUUGCGGAGACCAAGGUCAUGGCCAAGCUUGAACACCCGUGCAUUGUCAACUUCAUCGGAAUUGCGUGGGAAUCGCUCAGUUCCAUUAGCUGUGUGACGGAAUACUUGGUUGGUGGGGACCUUCGUGCUCUACUGAACCAUUUCUUGGACAACCACACGCGUCCGCGAGGCUUUGACCACGAUAAGGUCAAGAUCGCGAUGGAUAUCGCACACGGUCUGACGUACCUCCAUUCGAUGGAACCGAACAUUCUCCACCGUGACCUCAAGUCUCGCAACGUGUUGCUUACGUCACAGUUGAACGCUAAGCUUACGGACUUUGGCGUCUCCCGGGAACGCACAGACGACCUCAUGACGAACGCAGUCGGAACGUCGCUCUGGAUGGCGCCCGAGGUUAUGAUGGGUGGACAUUACGACGGCAAGGCCGAUGUGUAUUCAUUCGGCGUGUUGUUGAGUGAGCUUGACACGCACUUUAUGCCUUACGCUAAUGUGAGGAAUCCUAGUGGACGCAAGCCGACGGAGGCUGCGAUCCUACAGAUGGUGGCCGUCGGGAACCUGCAGGUCGAGUUCUCACGCGAUUGCCCCGUGGAGCUGUUGACGCUGGCUCACGCCUGUAUCUCCGUGGAACCUGACGACCGACCUACUGCUGCAGAAGCAAUGCACAGAUUGCAGAUUGCACUCAAGUCUUUCGAGGUGGAAGAGGUGACGCUGUAGUUAUCUCAAAACAUACCAACAACCCAUUUAGAUAGACGUUAACGAAAUGAAGUUUUAUCGUAGUGCGCGCAACCGACACAGCAAAUAUUGCUUUUGACACUUCAUACUUGAAACACCAUUUGCGU